AUGAUGCAUAGUGCUUAUUGCCAACCUGGGGCUACAGUUAGUACUUCCAACGGAUUCAUAACUCCGCCACAGACGAACACAUCGGCUGAUCCUCGCCAACAGCUACCGGAUUGCUAUGCUCCAGCUCCUAUGCCUCUCCGUGAUCCUAUGCAAUCUUACGUAGGUGGAUAUGUUCCUCAUGACAUCUACCUUGAUCAUCAACAAAGGUUUUUCCAUCCACAAAUUCCUCCACAGCAACAGCUUUAUGCUCAACUUCAUCAACAGGAUUACUUUGCUUGUACACGAUCUCAAACAUUACCAGUUCGCUUUAUGGGCAAGAUAGAUGAGAACGAGCAACCACAACAGUGCUUAUGGAUAACAGAGCAUGGAAAGCCUUGUGGAAUGUUCUUACGAUCGAUCAAAGAUAUCACCAACCACCUACAACAAUUCCAUAUUGGAGUUAAUGAGACAAGCUCUCAUGUAUGCAAAUGGAAGGAUUGCUCACGACAUGGUGCUCCAUUCAAGGCCAAAUAUAAACUUGUCAACCAUGUGCGUGUUCAUACUGGUGAUCGGCCAUUCCAAUGUGAACAAUGUGGAAAAGUAUUUGCUCGAAGCGAAAACAAGAAGAUCCAUGAACGAACACAUACAGGUGACAAACCAUUCGAAUGCACAUUCAAGGGAUGUGGAAAGAAGUUUGCUAACUCUUCUGAUCGUAAGAAGCAUAUGCAUGUUCAUACUUCCGUCAAGCAAUAUCCAUGCAAAGUGAAAGGAUGUGGAAAGGACUAUACUCAUCCAAGCUCUCUUAGGAAGCACCAGAAGACACAUGAGAAGAAUUCGUGUACUUCACCAGAAUUAGAUCAAAGUGGAGAUUCUGGACAUGCCUCGGCUGGUACUCCAAGUGAUGACUUCAAUCUUUCUCACAAAGUAGAUGACAUGGAGUUACCAUCUAUUGCUACAUCUCAAGUCCUUCCACCAUACUACUCUCAUGGCCACUCACCUUAUCUUAUGAACUCUCAUCCAGGAAUGAUCCAUCCGGACAUGUAUCCCCGUUUCGUCUAG